AUGAGUAUUACUAGUGAAGAGCUAAAUUAUUUGAUAUGGCGGUAUCUUCAAGAGACCGGUAACGAGGUUAGUGCAUUGGCACUGCAGGAUGAUACUCGAGUAUUGGAAUUUGACCGAAAAUACAAGCAGCACAUACCACUUGGAACAUUGGUAAAUCUCGUUCAGAAAGGUAUACUUUUUUGUGAGUGCGAGUUGCUGGUGGACUCAACUGGCAAGCUUCGAGAUGUGGAUGAGACACACUAUGCGAGUAUUUUUAAUCUUGCGCAAGCACUAGAAAUUGACAAGGCAACUUGCCCAGAGGUGGUGGCUAAAGGCAGAUUUUCACUGGAGAAUGAUUAUGAGAGUUUGGAAGAUGAGAAAAAAGAGAAAGAAAAAGAAGUUGUGUAUAGUGUCGCACCAGAUAAAGAUAGCAAUACGAGGAGCAAAAGUCCCCCGCUUUUCAUCAAGACCUUGAAAGAAGAGAAAAAACUUGGUAAGAUAGUUCUCUCAAGUUGGAAUCCUCACUUUCCGGAGCUGUUAGCAGUUGGAGGACAGGAUUCAUUGGCCAGGAUCAUACACUACAAUUCUGAAAAAGCGACUGUCGAGAAGUCGUUAGAAUUGAGACACCCUUUUGCAUUUAAUUCAUCUAGCGGUAUAACAACAAACCAAGUUACCUGCUUAGCAUGGUCGCCAGAUGGGAAGAAAAUCGUCACUGGAGUGGAAAACGGUGAACUGAGGCUAUGGAAUGCCGAAGGACACCUACAAAAUGUUUUCAGCUUCCAUAGGUCACCCAUUGUAUCCAUUAAAUGGAACGAGGACGAUUCACAUUUUCUCACAUCAGAUGUUGAUAACGUUGCAAUCUUAUGGAACGUAAUAACUGGCACAGCUCUACAGAAUUUUGAAUUGAAAGAAAAUGCAGCAGAUUCUGACUCUUUGGGCGUUGAUUUGGAAUGGGUAGAAAAGGAUAAAUUUGUCUUGCCAGGGAUCCAAGGUUCACUGAUAGUAUAUCAAAUUGGAGAGAGGAAACCUAUCGGUAAACUAAUUGGUCAUCAAGGUCCAAUAGGUAUUCUAAAAUUCAAUCGAAACAAAAAGCUAUUAUUAAGCGCUUCGGAUGAUUUUACCUUGAGAGUUUGGCGAGGAGGCAGCAGUAACCCGAGCAAUUGUUUUUAUGGCCAUUCACAAACCAUCGUUUCAGCUUGUUGGCUUGAUGACGAUAAGAUAAUAUCUUCUUCGAUGGAUGGAUCGAUCCGUCUAUGGUCGUUAUCAAAAAAUACUUUAAUUGCUGUUACCAUCGCUGAUGGAGUGCCUAUUCUCUCAGCGGAAUUAUCUAGUGACAAAAAAAAAUAUUCUGCAGGCUUCAUAGAUGGGCAUCUGAUAGUCUAUGAUGUUGAGGCGCUGCUUGAGAAGCUUGGAAACGAUAGUCCAAUAUCUCCCAUCACAUUUCCUGUUUAUGGUAGCUACCAAAGUCCGAAAGAGCGAGAUUGCAUCUUUAAUCUCUCAUGGAAUUAUGCUAGUGACAAGGUGGUCGUGGCUUAUUCCAUUGAGGAGGGAUCUAUAAUAUCUAUGUAA